AUGGAGGUGAUGAUCAAAUUGUUAUCUGAAAGUGACACGAGUAAUAACCGACUCGAAUUUCCAACCGAGAGCUUGAGGGCUUUCCCCUUGUCCGCCGGUCAGAAUUCAGUUGAAUUUGAUGCAUUUGACAAGCUAGACCAUCCUUGGAGAUUGAAGAUAUCGGUUCGCAAUCAAGGUAAGUAUCCGAAACCUUGGAUAUCUGGCCAAUGGGGCACGUAUGUUCUUCGUAAAGGGCUUAAGCAAGGAGAUAGAGUUACAUUGACUUUGCAUGAGCAAGAGAAUGGCUUCCUCAAGAUCCUUGCAACUUCUACUGCUCGUCUUGACUUCCCAGAAUGGUCAUUUCUUAAACAGUUGCAGGCAAGGAAACCCAGAUCUUUUUCCAGUGAAAAGAAUCUCCUCCUCCUUCUUGGUGUGACAGCCUGA